AUGUUGUGGAAUGUAGGUAGCUCGGGUGCGCUGUUUGGUUGUUGGUCUGUUCACCGAGCUUGGCAGUUGGGUUGCAAACGUUUCAUCACCAAUCGAGGUGACACCGUCAGUGCAGGGUUGAGUGGGUCACCCACACCCAACAACCAAACAGUCCAAGGUCUUCUACGGCCUACGACCAGUUUCACCCUUUUUGAGGAUCAUCAGGUAAGCACAAACCCCGAGUUUCCAUCAACUUCACGUUUUACUUGGACGAAAAUUGGACACAUUUCGACAAAUACACUUAUUUGCAUACUGUUCUGGUUUUCAAGGGGAGACUCAACUGAAUCUCUCGCUUGUGAUAUUCUACAAAGAGAAGAAGUCAGGUGGAUCAGUGGUAACACACUCGCCCUGCAGGAGGAUGACUGUGGCAUGCGGCGGGACCAUCUACGCUACUCUAUUUGUUCUAGGAGACAUUUCUGUUCCAAACGGCUGAGGGUGUACAUGUAUCGCGAUAUCUCGAAUAUCUUAGUGACUGAAACAUUAGGCGGCCUGGUGCAGCACAUUCAGUUGCCUGAGAACAUCACAAACGAGAGAUUCAGCUGGGUUUCAGUCGCUACGAUAUUCGAGAUAUCGCAAUACAUGUAUAUCUUUCUAAUGUACAUUCAGUUGCCUGAGAACAUCACAAACGAGAGAUUCAGCCGGGUUCCAGGUCAUAAAUUGGUUUUAGCUUUUGCAGUUCCCCAUGCAUUUCUUUCAACUCCGGGUAUGUGGAGAUUGGAAGAUCCAACAGGCGUUCACUACUGA